AUGUAUGGGCGAUGCGGCAGCACAGGAAAGGCCAAGCAGAUCUUCGAUUCGAUGCAGGAGAGAGACACCUUCACCUGGAACCUGAUGAUCGCCGCAUUUGCCCGCAGCAGGCAGCUGGACCUCGCGCAGCAAACGUUCGAUCGAAUGCCCAAUCCGGACCUUGUGACAUGGAACACGAUCCUCACUGCCUUCUCGCUUGCCGGGGAUCUCUCGACGGCAAAGCAGCGCUUCAACGAGAUGCCGGCGCGGAACCUCGUGUCGUGGACCGCGAUGCUUUCUGCAUAUGCCCGGAAUGGGCAUCUGUUUGGAGCCAAAAGCGUCUACGGCGAGAUUCCGGAGUGGAGCCUGGUGUCGUGGAACGCGAUGCUGGCAGCUUGCACGCAAAACGGCGAUCUCUUGGGCGCCAGACAGGUCUUUGCGUCGAUGGAGGAGUACAGCCUCGAGUCGUGGACGGCUAUUGUUUGCGCAAAUGCCGCACAAGGGCAUCUAGCCGAAGCGAAACGUUUGUUCGACAGGAUGCCCGAGGGGGACAUUGUGUCCUGGACUGCGAUGCUCGCGACGUAUGCGCAGACUGGAAAUGCGUUCCAGGCAAAGAAAUUCUUUGACGCCAUGCCAGAGCUUGAUCUCGUGUCCUGGACCGCAAUGCUUGCAGCAUAUGCCAUGAACGGGCAUCUUAAUGAGUCGAAGUCUGUGUUUGAUUCUAUGCGCGAGAGGAACCUGUUUUCUUGGACGGCUAUGCUGGCUGUGUAUGCGGGAAAGGGGUUUCUGGAAGAGGCAAAGUUUCUGUUUGAUUCUAUGCCGGAGCGUGAUGCCGUGUCCUGGACAGCAAUGCUCUCUGGAUUUGCGCAAAAUGGGCAUUUGGAGGAGGCCAAGUCGAUGUUUGAUGCAAUGAACGAGCGCCAUCUUUUCUCGUGGAACGGGCUUCUUUCCGCAUACGCUCAAAACGGAAAUCUCGAUCAAGCACUCAAGAUCUUUGAUCGAAUGCACGAGCGCAACACAAUCUCGUGGAAUGCCGUCCUUGCAGCGUACUCUCAAAACGGCCAUCCCUCUACUGCAAUCCAGAUCUUCAAAGAGCUCAAACUCCUGGGCGAUCCUCCAGACGAGAUUGCCUUCCUUUGCAACCUCAUCGCAUGUAGCCACGGAGGAAAACUCCGCAAUGCUGGUGACUCGUUUCGAUCCAUGGUCUCGGACUUUGGAAUCCCGGCGAGCAAGCUACACUACCGGUGCCUGAUCGAUCUCCUGUGUCGCUCGGGAUACCUUGGCGAGGUGGAGGAGCUACUGGCAACGAUGCCAUUCUUCCCGGAUUCGUGGGACUGGACUUGCUUUCUCGGUGCUUGCAAGGGUCACCGAGACGUGGAUCGAGGGAGCCGAGCGACAAAGAGGGCCAUGACUCUCGAUCCAGAGAACCCCGCUCCAUACGUCUUCAUCUCUAACAUCUUCCAGGAGCUAUAG